CUCUCUCUCUCUCUCAUAUUCAUAUAGACAGAAACACACACAAAAACGACUACUUACCGGCCAAACCAUCUCCACAUUUCUUGGUAGUGUUCCCAAAUUUACAGCAAAUUAAAACCCACCUUGAUAAAUAAUUAAGCAUCUACAAUGGGGAAGGACUUUGAAGCGACCAGGCACCGGGUCCCCGUUCCUCCGUCAAAGCCCUUCUUCAGCUCUCUGAAGUCGUCUCUCAAAAAGACCUUAUUCCCGGACGACCCUUUCCGCCAGUUCAAGAACCAGCCGCCGUCCCGGAGACUAGUACUGGGAUUGCAAUACUUCGUUCCCAUCCUCGAAUGGGCUCCUCGUUACACCUUCGAGUUCUUCAAGGCCGACGUUGUCGCCGGAAUCACCAUUGCCAGCCUCGCCGUUCCCCAGGGCAUCAGCUACGCCAAUUUGGCCAACCUGCCACCCAUUAUGGGCAUCUAUUCGAGCUUCGUGCCUCCAUUGGUGUACGCCAUGCUGGGAAGUUCGAGAGAUUUAGCGGUAGGCACCUUGGCUGUGCCGUCGCUGCUGAUAACGUCCAUGAUAGGGAAGGAGGUUAAUCCCAUUCAGAACCCUAAACUCUACCUUCAGUUGGCUCUCACUGCAACUUUCUUCGCCGGAGUCUUUCAAGCUCUUUUGGGUUUCUUAAGGCUUGGGUUGGUGGUGGACUUUCUGUCGCAUGCAACAAUAGUGGGAUUCAUGGGUGGCGCCGCCACGGUGGUGUGCCUGCAACAGGUGAAAGGAAUUCUUGGGCUGUCUCACUUCACUCAUGCCACCGAUCUUGUCUCCGUCCUGCAAUCCGUCUUUAGCCAGAUCCACCAGUGGAGAUGGGAAAGUGGGGUUCUGGGCUGUUGCUUCCUUUUCUUUCUGCUUCUCACCCGAUAUUUUAGCAAGAGAAAGGGAGCCUUCUUUUGGAUAAAUGCAAUGGCUCCGCUGGUAUCCGUCGUACUGGGUAGCCUUCUUGUUUACCUCACCCACGCUGAAAAACGUGGCGUUCAAGUGAUUGGGCAUCUUAAGAAGGGCUUGAACCCACCUUCACUCUCUGAAUUGGCAUUUGGAUCACAGUAUCUAACCACAGCCAUUAAAACUGGAGUUAUCAUUGGUGCCAUUUCUCUUGCUGAAGGAAUAGCAGUGGGAAGAAGCUUCGCCAUGUUUAAGAAUUACCACAUCGAUGGGAACAAAGAGAUGAUUGCCUUGGGAAUGAUGAAUAUUGCAGGCUCUUGCACUUCAUGCUACUUGACCGCAGGGCCAUUUUCCAGGACGGCAGUGAACUUCAACGCGGGAUGUAAGACAGCAGUGUCUAACAUUGUGAUGGCCACAGCAGUCAUGAUCACACUGCUAUUUCUCACGCCAUUGUUCCACUACACUCCCCUUGUGGUCCUCUCCUCUAUCAUAGUCGCCGCCAUGCUCGGCCUCAUUGACUACCAGGCCGCCUUCCACCUCUGGAAGGUCGACAAAUUCGACUUUGUCGUCUGCAUUAGUUCAUAUUUGGGUGUUACCCUUGGCAGUGUUGAAAUAGGCCUAGUUAUUGCGGUUUUACUGUCUCUGCUUCGGGUGCUGCUAUUCGUGGCAAGGCCUAGGACUUGUGUUCUUGGCAAGAUUCCCAAUUCCUUGACGUACAGAAGCAUGGAUCAAUACCCAAUUGCAAACAAUGUCCCUGGAAUUCUAAUUCUUCGGAUUGAUGCUCCAGUUUACUUUGCCAAUGCAAGCUACUUAAGAGAGAGGAUCGUAAGAUGGAUUGAUGAGGAGGAAGACAGGCUUAAGUCUCUGGGAGAGAUGGGACUGCAAUAUGUAGUACUAGACAUGAGUUCUGUAGGUAGCAUUGAUACAAGUGGAAUAAGCAUGCUUGAAGAGGCCAAUAGAAACAUUGAAACAAGGGGUCUCAAGCUGGUAUUAGCAAAUCCUGGAAGUGAGGUGAUGAAGAAGCUGGACAAGUCCAAGUUUCUGGAAGCAGUGGGGCAUGAAUGGAUCUUUCCAGCAGUUGGGGAGGCUGUGGAAGCAUGCAACUUCAUGCUUCACUCAUCCAAGCUAGACCAUAAGACUGUUCAAUCCCAGCUGCAGGCUUCAGAUGACAAUGUAUGAUCAAUUACUAAUCCAAAUCCAAGGACUAAUCAGAUAGCUAGUAAUUAAACCAGUACUAAUGUAAUGGUUCCUACUGGAUUAUACCAAGGUGUCAUCAUAA